GCUCCAGCAGUGCUCAGAGCCCCGUCCAGCCUGACCUUGGCUGUGUGCAGGGACGGGGCACCACCGCCUCUCUGGGCAACCUGUGCCAGUGCCUCACCGCCCUCAGCGCCAAACCUUCUUCCUUAUCUCCAGUCUCAGUCUCCCCUCUUGCAGUCUGAAGCCAUUUCACCUUCUCCCAUCACACAGACACCACUGCAGAGUCUGUCCCUUCCUUCUCACAUCCCCUUUAGAUACUCACAGGCCUCCCUCAGCUCUCCCUGCAGCCCCUCUUCUCCAUGCUGCACAGCCCCAGCUCUCAGCCUGUCCUCGCAGGGAGGGCUUCCAUCCCUGGCCCCAUUUCUGUGUCCCUCCUCUGGACACACUAACAGCUCCACGUCUCCACCUGUGGCCGCAGUGCUCCAUGUGAGCUGCCACAGCACGGAGCUGCAGCCCAGGUUUCUAUGCAAUAAGGGCACACCUUCCCCCAUGCCCCCCUGUGUGUGUUGUGGUGAUGCUGUCGUUGCAGGGAGGCCUCAGCCCUGUUUCCGCUGCCUGACGAAGCUCCGCUCUCCACCAUCAGAUCUCUCCCCGCCUCCUCUCCCCUGAGCAGCACAGAGUCGCCAUCACUCACCAUGUGGAAGGGACGGGCCCUGGGCACCUGGCUGCUGCUCGCCAGCAUGGCUGUGGCCAAGUUGGGCGUCCAUGGAGCGAAAAUAACUGUGAAAGAAGCCAGUGGGAAGGUGUUCCUGCAGUGUGAUGCAAGCAAAGAAGAGCAAAAGAAAGGAAUCAAAUGGCAGAAAGAUGGGGAGGAUUUGGGAAACACGACACAGCUAGACUUGGGUGCAAUUUACGAUGAUCCCAGAGGCACCUAUAAGUGUUUGUCGGAUGAUAGAGAACUCGCCACUCUCCAGGUGCACUAUCGAAUGUGCCAGAAUUGCAUAGAAGUGGAUGCUCCCACCAUCUCAGGGAUUGUGGUCGCGGAUGUUGUUGCCACUGUCUUCCUGGCAAUUGCUGUGUAUUGCAUCACAGGGCAAGAUAAGGGACGCUUGUCACGAGAUUCUGACAGGCAGAACCUGAUAGCCAAUGACCAGCUCUACCAGCCCCUUGGUGAGCGGAAUGAUGGACAGUACAGCCAGCUGGCAACUGCCAAGGCCCGCAAGUGAAGUAGGAAGGCACUGGGGCCAGUGACUCCUUCACAAGAUGAAACCAUAGCCAGUGCCAAAGAACACCAGCACCCUGCCCUGGCGCUGCUUUGUGAACUUGCUGAUGGCAGAAGACAGUGUGGGUUUUUGCCUGGAGAGCCCUCCAGCUCCCUGCCAGGACGGGCUGCUUGUAACACUCUGCUCUCUCCAUGAUGCGUUGUAUUUCUGUAUUCCUCUCAUUAAAGACGAUCUUAUUCUAUA